CGGAGGGGCGCAGGAGCCGCCGCCAGCGGAAGGCCCGGCGUAGCGGCCGCGGCCGGGGCGUUUGCAGGGCCCAGCGGAUUGGGGGGGGUGCCGGCCCCCCGGGCGGCGGCGGCGGCCACUCCCCCCCCGGACCGGCGCGGCGGGGGAGGCGGAGGAUGGAAACACCCUUCUACGGCGAUGAGGCGCUGAGCGGCCUGGGCGGCGGCGGCGGCGGCAGCAGCAGCAGCAACAACGCCAGUGGCGGCGGCGGCGGCGGCUUCGCGUCCGCGGGCCGCCUGUUUCCCGGGGCGGCCCCGACCGCGACCCCGACUGCGGCCCGCGGCAUGAUGAAGAAGGACGCGCUGACGCUGAGCCUGAGCGAGCAGGUGGCGGCCGCUCUGAAGCCUGGCGCGGCGGCGCCGCCGGCGGCCCUGAGCACAGACGGCGCCCCCAGCGCGGCGCCCCCCGAAGGGCUGUUGGCGUCGCCAGACCUGGGGCUGCUGAAGCUGGCGUCCCCGGAGCUCGAGCGUCUGAUCAUCCAGUCCAACGGACUGGUGACCACCACGCCGACCAGCACGCAGUUCCUGUACCCGAAGGUGGCGGCCAGCGAGGAGCAGGAGUUCGCCGAAGGCUUCGUCAAGGCCCUGGAGGACCUCCACAAGCAGAACCAGCUGGGCGCCUCACCCGCCACCGGCCCGGGCCCCGGCCCCGGCCCUGCGGGUGGCUCGGGCCCCGGCCCCGCGGCCCCCGGGGAACUGGCCCCCGCCGCCGCCGCGCCCGAGCCGCCGGUCUACGCCAACUUGAGCAGCUACGCUGGCGGCGCGGGCGCGGCGGCGGGCGGCGCGGGGGCCGUGGCCUUCGCGGGCGCGGAGCCUGUGCCCUUCCCGCCGCCGCCCCCGGGCGCGCUAGGGCCGCCUCGCCUGGCCGCGCUGAAGGACGAGCCGCAGACGGUGCCCGACGUGCCGAGCUUCGGCGAGAGCCCGCCGCUGUCGCCCAUCGACAUGGACACGCAGGAGCGCAUCAAGGCGGAGCGUAAGCGGCUGCGCAACCGCAUCGCUGCGUCUAAGUGCCGCAAGCGCAAGCUGGAGCGCAUCUCGCGGCUGGAGGAAAAAGUGAAGACGCUCAAGAGCCAGAACACCGAGCUGGCGUCCACCGCCAGCCUGCUGCGCGAGCAGGUGGCGCAGCUCAAGCAGAAAGUGCUCAGCCACGUCAACAGUGGCUGCCAGCUGCUGCCCCAGCACCAGGUGCCCGCGUACUGAGCGCCUGCGCCCGCUGGGGCGCCCACCCGGGACUCGACAAGCUGGACCCCCGCGCCCUUCGUGGGCGCCCACCCAGGGACUCGACAAGCUGGACCCCCGCGCCCUCCGGGGGCGAGCGCACGGCCCCACCCCGCUGCCCGCCGGCGCCGCUUUGUGCCCGGGGCGGGUCCCGGGAGCGCCGCCGCCUUCCCCCCCUCCCCUUUUUUUACUGCUGCCGCGGAGAACGGAGGCCCGUCCGCCCUAUUUAUGUCUCUAUUCGGGAUCAAGCGCCGGCCGGAGCGCGCGUGCGUGUCCUGCGCGGGUUUUUACAGAAGUGGGAAGCAGCCGCAGACCCGUCCGCCCCCUGCCUCCCGCUCCCGCCUCUCCCGCCGCCCGUCUGUUGUUGUCUGGUUUUGCUACGAGGCCACAUUCCUGUUUGUAAUCCUCUGUCCGCCCAGUUCUCUGUUUUCAGUAAAGUCUCGUUUCGCCA